AGCAGCAAUACAGGGAGUGCCAGGAACUGUUGAGCCUUUACCAGAAAUAUCUCUCGGAGCAGCAAGAAAAGCUAACACAUUCCCUUUCGGAGCUUGAGGCUGCCAAGCAGAAGGAGCAGCAGAUGUCUAAUCAGAGAAGUCUCUAUCAGCAACGAGCACCUUCUGAAUUGGACGGGUCCUACCUCAGUCUGACUAGGCCGCAGACCUUAUACAAGAACAACGGAAUGGCGUGCCGAAGCCCUCCUCCCAUGUGUUUAGCCCAGCCGUGUAGGAACAGUUGUCUUCAUGAAGCUAGGAAUGGAUCGCUAUUGGAAAAUGGGUUGCAUGGCAAAUGUAACAACGUGCUGUCCCCGGCAAGGCAGAAGUUGCCUCCCCACGCUGAAAGAACUCCGGAUGUGGGCCGCAGGAAGAGCACUUGCCCUCUUCAGACCUGUUCUUUCCACAAGAAACUGAGUGGCUCCGAUCACGAUUCUUUCCAAGAUGGCACUCACAUUCCAAAAAGAUAUUCUGGACCACAUUGUGAAUCAUUUGUCAAUCAUUCUUGCCCGCCGCAUCCUUCGGGGUUGAAUGGCAGCCCAAGCUCAAGGUCUAAAGACACAGACCAUGGUAAGAAGCUGUCCGAAGAGCGAAGAAGACAGCUGGUGCUCCAGAAACUAGAGCUGGAAAUCGAAAAGGAGCGCCUCCAGAAUCUGCUCGCCAAGCAAGAGGCAAAGCUGUUGCUCCAACAGCAGCAACUGCACCAAUCCAGGCUCGACUACAAUCGGUUUAAAGGCCACACUCCUCAUUCAGAAGAACUGCUCGUUGAUGAAGCGCUGAUGAGAGCAGGCGGCUUGGGCCCCCUGAUGAAUGGCACUUGUGGGCGCCUGAGUUCCCCAAGGCUCAACUGCGAAGGGUGUUUUUCAAAAACUCCAGCAUCCGGGAGAGUCAGCAAAGCACCAGGGAGCAGCGGAGGAAACAGCUCAGGGAAGAAGAGUGUCGGCUUCGGUGUCCAGGCAGAAGCAGAAGCCCUUUGGGACCAUACGAAGAAGGAAGCUGUCAGGCCUCGGAGAGAGCUGUCUUCGGGCUUCCAGAAGGACGCGGCGACAUCCCCCGGACUGACAGGCGGCAGGAAAGAGCUUGCCAGUGCGGCCACCUCCCCAAUCCAGCGUGACACCUCGCGGUAUGAGACUUCUUUGCUGGACCUGGUGGAUGCAAUGAGCCCGGGGCUUCCGUACAGCGAGAGCCGCAGCCACAGCAAGGGCUUCAUGGCGGAAAAUGGGGCCCGGAGGAGACCAGGUUGGAACCGGAGCCCCUCCAGCGCCAAGCAUAGGACGGCAGAGCUAGAAGAAAGCCGGAUUCUGGAGGAAAUCUUUUUCAUUUGAUGGGCCUGACGCUUGCCGCUCUCUCUCUCUAGAUCUGUGGACUCUCCUUUCUAACGUGGGCGUGUUUACAUGUCAAAAUAUUGAUUUUAAAUUAUUUGAUUGACGAAUGAUUGUCUCCGCUCUCCCCUUUAGAAAACUAACACGGUAGCUUCCCUCUCCCAACUUCCAAAUCAUGUUACCCAAGCCUCUUUUUGGGCAAGUCGAGCCAAAUGUUCCUUGAACAUUUUGGGCUCAUUUCCGCACUGUAAAAAGAAAAUGUAGAGAAGAAAAAAAAAUAUCAAUUCCUUUGUGAAAAAAGGAUUAAUAUUACAUGACUCUUUGGGAGGGGGGCGUUUUUUUAGCUGUACAAACCAGUUUUCCAAAGCUUCAUCUCUCACUAAUGCACUCACACACAAAAGGA